AUGGAAGCGCCUAAAACCCUGAAACAGCUUCAGUGCCUCAAUGGAAGGAUUGCAGCUUCGAACAUGUUUGUCUCACGGUCAACAGAUAAGUGCCUUCCUUUCUUCAAAGUCUUGAGAAAGAAGGGGUCUUUUGAAUGGACGACAGAGUGCGAGCAAGCAUUGGAACAAUUGAAAAACUAUCUCUACUCGACACCUCUACUUGCCAAGCCAUUGCCAGGAGACAAGCUCCACUUGUACCUGGCAGUGUCCGACAGCGCCGUCAGCUCGGCUCUAAUCAAGCAAGAGGGAGUAUGCCAGAGUCCCAUUUAUUACACGAGCAAAGCCAUGACCGAAGCCGAGACCAGAUAUCCUAAAAUGGAGAAAUUGGCCCUCGCCCUAGUCACCUCGGCCCGAAGACUUAGGCCGUACUUCCAAGCACACACCGUUGUGGUGCUUACCAACUUGCCCCUGAAGAACAUCUUCCAUAAGCCAGAAACAUCAGGACGCCUGAUGAAGUGGGCAAUGGAGUUGAGUGAAUACGACAUCCAAUUCGAACCUCGAACUACGUUAAAAGGCAAGCAGUGGCAGACUUCAUCGCGGAGCUCACCCCACCAUCUCAGUCGACCGAGUCCGAGCUCCCGUGGACGAUCAACGUUGAUGGAUCUUCCAAUGAGAGGGGGUGCGGGGCAGGAAUCCUCUUGCUCGCACCAGGAGGCGAGCGAUUCGAAUGCUUUAGCUAAGUUGGCAUCAGCAUAUGAGACCGACCUGGCCAGAUUAGUCCUGAUCGAGAUUUUGGACAAUCCCUCAAUCUUGGAGCCAGAUGUGAUGGAGGUUGACACUCCAGCACCCUCAUGGAUGGACCCAAUCGUGGAGUUCAUCAAAGGAAUUCUGCAACAACACUCGAAGGAGGAAAAUAAAUGGCGCGAAAAGCAGCUCGGUUCAUACUCCGAGAUGGAGCAUUGUACCGAUGAUGCAAAGCAGUUUGUGAAAACCUACAACAAUUUCCAGCGGUUUGCGAAUAUUAUCCAUCAGCCUCCCGAGCUGCUCACCCCCAUCUCGGCCCCAUGGCCAUUUGCACAAUGGGGAAUUGACAUCAUAAGUCCUUUUCCCCUGGGCGAGGGACAAACCAAGUUCGUCGUUGUUGCUAUGGACUACUUCAUCAAGUGGGCCGAGGCCGAGGGGCUCGCUCAUAUCACAGAGCCCAGAGUCACAUCGUUCAUAUGGAUGAACAUUGUAUGCCGUUUCGGUAUACCAAAUGCUAUUGUGACAGACAAUGGAAAACAAUUCGAUAAUGCAAAGUUUAAGGACUUCUGCAUGAAGCUAGGCAUAAGUCAUCUCAGUUCAUCCCCUGCACGUCCGAAAGCAAAUGGGCAGGUUGAGGCAAUAAACAAAAUUAGAAAACGGGGGCUCAAACUGAAGUUGGACUACAGAAAUGGAAGAUCGGCCGAGGAGCUACCCGAAGUGUUAUGGUCAUAUCAGACUACCCCAAGAGAGUCAACUAGCGAGACUCCGUUCUCACUGGCCUUUGGCUCGGAAGCUAUGGUUCCAGCUGAGAUCGGCAUGCCAACCGACAGAAUAGAGCAGUACGAACCGCUUAGAAACGAGGCCGAACUGCUCCUCAACCUCGACCUACUGGAAGGAAAAAGGGAAACGGCUCAGCUACGCUUAGUAGAGUGUCAGAACAGAAUGGCCAGACAUUACAACACCAGAAUUCAACCUCGAAGCUUUCAAGUUGGACAUUUGGUCUCAAGUAAGAUUCAAAGUCAUGUGGGCACCCUUGACCCAAGUUGGGAGGAACUGUUCGAAGUUAAAGGAAUAGUCCGACCUGGAACGUACAUGCUGGCCGAUCUGGAAAGAAGUGUGCUUGCGCAUCCAUGGAACGCGGAACACCUAAAGCGCUAUUACCCUUGA